AUGGGUCCUUCAUAUGCCAGAAUAACAGCAUUUGAUGAAAGCCAUACUAAGUUUGCUUCAAAGUAUUCUUUAUAUCUUUAUAGAGAACAAGGAAGAGAUCCUCUUCCGGAUGAAAACGAAGGGUUUAGCCAUUUAGGAGGAAUACCGAUACUAUUCAUACCCGGGAACGCAGGAAGUUACAGACAAGUGAGAUCCAUAGCUGCAGAGACUUCAGAUUUAUAUUUUGAUCAUUAUUUGGAAUCAGAUGAUUUAAACCCUAACGCAAAGAAUUAUGAUUUUUUCACUGCAGAUUUCAAUGAAGAUUUCACAGCCUUCCAUGGAAGAACUAUGUUGGAUCAGGCAGAGUACUUGAACGAAGCAAUCAAGUUUAUUCUUGGGUUGUAUGCGAAUAGCGAACACCCUCCGAGAUCUGUUGUUGUUUUAGGGCAUUCAAUGGGUGGUGUGGUGAGUAGAGUAAUGGUUUCGCUUCCUAACUAUAACCCUGAUUCAAUUAAUACGAUCAUUACUUUAGCUUCACCGCAUGCUGCUGCUCCAUUGACGUUCGAUGGUGAUAUAUUGAAGAUUUAUUCAGCAGUAGAUAGGUUUUGGAUUCAGGGUUACGAUAACGAAGAAACAGACAAUACGAUUGCAAAAAUUGCCAAAGAAAGAUUAUCGAAUAUUUCGGUAAUAUCCAUUACUGGAGGGUUGUUGGAUACUAUACUACCAGCUGAUUAUACGACUUUAGGCUAUUUAGUUCCACCUACUAAUGGGUUUACAGUCUAUACUACAGGUAUCCCUGGUGUUUGGACUCCAAUAGACCAUUUAGCCAUAGUUUGGUGUGCACAGCUUCGUAGACAAGUACUGAAAGCUUUACUAGAAAUAGCAGACUUUGAAUCUCCAGACAAGACUUAUUCUCUUGAUAAAAGAAUGAAGGUUUUGAGAAAGAAUUUCCUUUCAGGGUUUGAAAAUUAUGCCUCUCAAGAUAAAGUAGCUAAUGAUAAAACAACUAACCAUAUAUUCUUAAAGGCAGGUUCCCAGCAGAUAAACUAUGUACAAGAGGGACAAAAAUUAAAAGUUGUGCCAGGAAAGACACCUUCACCUUUAAAUAUAUUUAGAUCAGCAAGCCCUAAAAGAUCAAAAGUUCAAUUUUCAUUAUUGAGCUCUAUGAAAAUUGGUGAACAUACAUCAGAUGUUACUGAAGGAUAUACACAACCGACACUUUUAUUAUGCAAUACAACGGAUGCUAUUGAAGAAGGUGUCAACAUAAUUGAUUAUACAAAUGAAGAGACAACUGAGAUUGUGUUGUUCAAUUGUAUUGAUAUCAGUGAAGAUAGUAGCAUCAUACCUAGAUCAGCAGAUGACACAAGUUCAUUGAGUGAAUCAUCUAUCGGGGGAGAAAAAUCACCAUAUCAUGCGAUUCAAUACAAUUCCACUAUGAUAGAGCCGUACGAUACAUUGAUAGUUACUGGAUUACUAG